AUGAUUUCAAGCACCAGAAGAUACAUGGAAUUGAAGUAUAACGAGAUGCACACAUUGGUUUCAGAUAGACAAGUAGAUGCGAGUAUUGAUGAAGUUGGAAUAUUGGUGAAAGGGUAUUGGGUGAUGGCAGAGACUGCUAGUCCACAGUUUGUGUUGGCAAGAUCUCCCAUUUCUUCCACUUCCGCUCUCUUGUGUAUUUUGACAGUCCUACUCGCUACCAGUGAUCAAAUUUUGGUAUCUUCCCACGUAUCCAUUUCAUCUGUGAUCAAUUAUUGUCCACAUAAUACUUCACACUAUAGCUGGUCCAUCAGGUGGAUUAUAGGAAUUCAAGUUUUUGGAGUUUUGAUUGGAAACUGUGGUCCUAUAGCCAGAUGGGCAUGCAUAGUCAAGGCUUUAGAAACGGAACGUAAGAGCUUCAGAGAUGAACUGAAAGUUGACAAGUACUGGACUUUGAAGCUUGUAGAGUGGAGGGAUACACCACUUCCAUUUCGAGUUCAAAACCAAGUAUGCAAGAAGCUAAUUUGUGAUGUUGUAACAUAUAUUCUUAAUUUCUGCAUUGGGGUUCAGAUUCUCUUUGUUUCAGCUAGCAAACUAGUUCAAUUUGGGAGUGUAGUUUUUUUACGUUUCUGCAAGAUUUUGAGAGUGGGAGGUUCUGAAUCUUCAAGCGAUGGAGCACAAGUAGAUUUUAACCGAUAUGUUCUUCUACUUGAAGGUGAGCCAAAAUUACCUGAUUAUAUCGUGAAGAACAUCUGCAGGCAGGCAGAUAGGCUGAUACAACAAGGCGAAAAAAAGCAGCCUAAGAAUUUGAUCCGACUUCUCAGGAAAUCUGCGAACUUUGAUGGGGUGGGACGAUUUGACAACAACCAAGUUCCAAGCUUGCAUUCUCAAGAACCUCCAAAUUGCUGGUCUCUGUCCGUCGUGACUUUGACGGCUAUUUCACUUGCACUUGCCAACAUUGCUGACGAUGAGGCUAACCAACUAUUGGCUAGUGUUAGUGAGGGCUUGUCCAUCGUGAAGGUCAUUGAGAAAACUCUUAAUAGACACGGGGAGAUGGAAAGCAUCAGAAAAGAGUAG